AUGCAACGUUUGCAAAGUAUGGUUAAAUCGCUGUCUUUACAAGUACAGCAACUUCAGGGAAAGCGCAUUCCAGGAAACACAGUCACUCCCAAUCCUUCUGCUGUAACAAAACCUCCCACUAUUGCGGUAGUGUCAACACCUGAGGGUGAAUUUCAUCCUGUAUCUUUGAUUCGGCCUUCUGUCUCACCCCUGCAAUCCACUCUUGCAGGAGCAGCACAAAGAGGAGAAGAUAUGCAGGGAUUUGAUGUAUAUCCUGUUUUUGAACAAAAAGAUAGUCAAGGGGAUAAAGUAAGAUCUCAUAGCCCUAUAUCUUUUGAGCGGUUGAAGGAAUUAAAAGCAGCUUGUGUGCAAUAUGGCCCUACAGCUCCUUUCACACUUGCUAUCAUAGACUCUAUGGUAUUUGAGGCACUCCCUCCAGGGGACUGGAAACAAGUAGCAAAGGCAUGUUUGUCAGGGGGAGACUAUUUAUUGUGGAAAACAGAAUAUACGGAGAACUGUCAGACUAUUGCUGAGGUGAAUAAGGCUCAGGGGGUACCUAUUACUUUUGACAUGCUGGCAGGAGAGGGACCAUUUCGGGAACUUGAGAAUCAAUUGAAGUUUGAUGUAGGUGUUUAUGCUCAGGUUAAUGCACAAGCUAAAAAGGCUUGGCGUAAACUUCCAUCCAAUGGGAAGGGGACUGAAGAUUUGUCAAAAAUUAGGCAAGGGCCUGAUGAAUUAUAUCAAAACUUUGUGGAUAGAUUAUUACAGGCUGCUAACAGACUGGUUGGAGAUUCUGAAGCAGGACUUGCACUUGUAAAAUUAUUAGCCUAUGAGAAUGCUAACUCUGCUUGUCAAGCGGCCUUGAGGCCAUAUAGGAGAAAGGGGAACAUAACUGAUUAUAUUAGUCUAUGUUCUGACAUAGGUCCAUCCUAUACACAAGGGCUAGCCUUGGCUGCCGCCCUUCAAGGGAAGUCAGUAAAGGAGGUUCUUUUUCAGCAACAAAAAGGUAAUAAGAGAAAAUUUAAUGCUCCUCCAGGGAGUUGUUUUGGAUGUGGUAAAAUGGGACAUCAGGUGAAACAAUGUCCUCAGAAGCAAAAGAAUGAUUCACCCAGAAAGGAACCAGAGUUAUGUCCAAAAUGUAAAAGAGGCAAACACUGGGCCAAUGAAUGUAAAUCUAAAUAUGAUCAUAUGGGGAAUCUUCUCCUGCAGGGAAACGGGGGGAGGGGCCCGCUCCAGGCCCCGCAACAAUGUUAUGGAGCGCUACAGAACUUUAUCCCCCAGCAAAACAAUCCGUUCAGGACCUCUGCAGAGCAACCCCAGGCAGUGCAGGACUGGACCUCAGUUCCACCACCUGUAGAGUAUUAG